AUGAAACCAGAUGACAGGAACUGCCGUACCAAAACGAACUAUAAAAUAAAAAAGAGUUAUGUUAUUAAUUUUUCAUUUCUGUUCUUUCCAGUGACGCAGUGCCAGGAUCGUUGGAAGAAACUGCGAGAUAACUUCAGAAAAGCCUAUUAUAACCGAAAAGGCAAGAGUGGCGAUGGUGCAACUACGUCCAAAUUGAUAAAAUUUGAAAAAGAACUUUCUUUUAUAAUACCAUUUUUUCGCAAUCGAAACCAAAUAUCUAAUGUAACAUUAUCAUCGGAUGAUUCAGAGCCUGGCACACCAAUACCACCACCAUCGACAUCAUCUAAACGUUCUGACCAUUCUGAAGUUGAAUCGCUUGCAAGUACUUCUGGCUCGAAAAAGAGACCACGCUUAAGCAAAGAUGUUGCUACGGUUUUCGAAGAGUAUCUUGAAGAAAAAAGAAAUACUACACCCCGUGACAAGGCAUUACGUAAUUUUUUUUUGUCUAUGUCAGAUACAGUGGAAACAUUCCCAAAAGAAGUCCAAGCACGAAUUAAAAGGCGCGUGUUUAACAUUGUUAAUGAAGCUGAAUUAAGUCUGUAUGAAAAUAGUACAGAUUUGAAUUAUUCUUUGUCUAUAAAUUCACCGCCAUCGACUAAUCAAUCUACUUACCUAGUGUCAAACGAAACCUAUAUUCCUCAAAACUAUCCAGAUCAGACUACUUACGGGUACAAUACCAGCACACAAAAUACAAAAUAAUAAACAAUCAAAAACAAUAAUAAUUAUAAUAAUAAUAAUUAAACACACACAAAUCUGUACUAUUUAAUUACAUUUCAUUAACGUAAAUAAUGCUUAAUAAAUGGAGGGCUGUGAUUUUGUGAUCUAAAUAACAUGAUUAGUAUAAAUAAUUGUUUUUUAUUUACCUUAAAGUUACCGUUAACCUUUCUUCGGCUGUAAUGGUGCAACGAUAAUUUGUAGUCUUUUUUGUUAUAUGUACUCUUAACAAAUCUGUCAAUUUCAAAAAUUGCCAAUAUUCCAUACGAUAAUACUCAUAAAAUUUUAGGCUAUCUCUCUUCAAUUCCUCGAAAAUGGUGU